CUGCAAAUCGUGCGUCAGCUCUGCCUGGAAUUGCAACUGGUGCAUGCACGAGAAUCAGUGCACCUACAACACUAGCACCUGCACUCGCCGGGUCAUUGUCGGGGAGAAUAGCCCCACCAACUCGCUAAUAAAGGGCCUCAGUCACUGUCCCUCAUUUCACCUUGAAUCGCCGUUGUUGGUGCCCAACGGCGCCCGUAAAGAGCUUCGCGUAGAAGUGAGAAAUCUCAUUCCGUCACAGGACGGUUUCCAGUGCAUCGUUGAGAUUGAACAGGCCAAGGAGCAAGUGGCGGCACGUGUCCAGGACAACAACAUCAUCUGCCACGAGACGACGAUUCAUCCCAUUUCAGGCCCAGUGGAGGGUGGCACGCUGGUGACGAUCGAGGGCUCAAACCUGGGCGCCUCGUUGGAGGAGAUCAAAGACCGCCUGUCAAUUGGCGGCGUUCCCUGCACGCCAAUCGAGUACAAUGUGUCCAUUAG